AUGGCCUCGAGACAGUCUGAUAUCAGUCGGGUGGAAGUGUCUGUGGUACUUCCCACCAAGACCAUUCCCUCUUACGAGCAGCGCGUGAUCGGGGAAUUAGCUGAGAUCGAAGGAAUUGAAGAGUUUCGUGGAAUUCCCUAUGGGAUCGUUCCCGCAAGAUGGCAGCAUGCGGUACUUCGAGACAAGUUACCCGAAGAUAUCUUCCACGCCACGAAGAAUGGUCCUCGCUGCCCUCAACCCCAGGAGCCGAACAACAGUGAUUUCUACCAAUCGCACCUCGACUUCCCCGACGUUACGGAGUCCGAGUUCGACUGUCUGAACCUGUUCAUCACUAGACCAAGUGCAUCCGCCCUAACUGCAGCGGGAAUCUCUACUACGGCAAAGCUCCCCGUUUAUGUCUACAUCCACGGCGGAGCAUACAGUUUCGGCGCAGGAACGGAUCCUAUGUGGAAUCCUGCCCGGCUGGUCAAGAAAUCCAUCGAGUUGGGAACUCCAAUAAUAGUCGCGACAAUCAACUACCGACUCCAUAUGUUCGGUUUCGGCGCGGCUUCGGAAAUUAUUGCUCGUUCACGGGGAUGUAACUUUGGUCUGACGGAUCAACGGACCGCUAUUCGGUGGGUACAUCAGAAUAUAGAUGCCUUUGGCGGUAACGUGGAUCAAGUUACUGUGGGUGGACAAUCUGCUGGCGGGAGCUCUUCGCAUGCGCAUAUUCUUGAAGCGGUUUUCGGGGAUCAGAAACCGCUUGUUCAGCGUGGGAUUAUCCAGUCUGGAGCUGUUGGUGUUCUGGGGCCGAUUUCUAUGCAUGUGGCUAAUGAGCGAUGGAAUGCGUUAUGUGCGCAGCUGAAUGCACCGGAUUCUUCUCGUCUAGAAUACAUGAUGAAUGUGCCAACGGACAAGAUUAUAAAAGCGUGUCAUGACCUAGGGUGGAUGGUUAGUCCUCUUGUGGUGGAUGGCUUUACGAUCUCCGAAAAGGAUGAACGGUGGAGGAUACACCUGGAUGGAACCGAAAACCCCAAUUACGCUCAAUCAGUAGAUUCAGCACCGAUUGCCGUUCUCAUUGGAGAUACGGACCUCGAGGGCACUGUACACGCCGAUUCAGUAUCCAAGAUCAACAGCUUCACUCAACUCCAAGAAAUACUGGAUCAAGUCAAAUCUCGGGAAUUCUUGGAUAAGUUCUAUCGACUAUACAACUUACAACCCGAUACCCCUCUACCCUCCCUCCACGAACAGAUCUUACACUUCCUAUCCGAUCUCCAAUUUGGAUACCCUGUCCAACUUGCUCGCGACGAAUUGAUCAAAUCUACCGCACGCCCUACGGUUGUCCAAUCAUACCGUGCGAACUUCGGAAAUCCUUUCCCAGGACCGAAUUAUCAAAAAGCACAGCACUGCGUCGACUUGAUCUAUAUCUACGACGCCUUCGCGGAGGCACUUCGCGCAGUAGAUGAAGCACUCCCGGUAGAUGCUUUCAAGAACGAAGCUCUGGUAGAGCGUAUGCAAGCGGAUUGGAUCCGGUUUAUCGCGGACCCGGUCACCAGCUCCCAGGAUGGUCUGGCGACAAUCUACAAUGCGGAUAGGACGACCUCCACGGUAGAUAUGGCAGUUGAUCCAGAGUGGGUGGCGAGGAAAGAGAGAUUCAAAGUUCUGACUGAGUAUCCGAUUGCUGCCCAGCAGGCGUUGAAGGCAUUGAGUGGAUUUGGGCAUUCUUUCUAG